AAGAACUUGUAACACAGCAUUCAAAAUAAGCCAAACAAUUGGCUGGCGGUCAAGGAUAUAAUAUAGCUAUUAAACGCGUUAUUUAAAUAAAAGCGAAACGUUUUAAAUCAAACAACAGAUAUGUUGAAACAAAGUGUUUUUAUUGCCUUAAUUUUUCACGUCCUUAUAAAUUAUUGUCACGCAUCUUUGCCAGAGGAUAUUGCUAAAUUAUCGGAUGAGUGUUUAACAAACUCUUUGGAAACUUCCGUUUAUUGCCGUGGCUCACGAGCCAUUAAUAAUAUUAUCAAUAAUUUAAGUAAAACUGAUAAACCAAUUGUCAUUGUACGUGGUUUAGAAAUUGUACCAUCAUCAAAUGGUCAUAUUAAUAAUAACAACAACAAUACCGCGGACAGUGAUAUAAAUAUUAAAAAUAAACAAUCAAAUGGUGUGGGGGAAGGUGAUACAGAUGAUACAUUUCUAGGACGUUUCUCUCACUAUUUGCGUACACAUGAAUUGAAUAUUAAAUUUUCCGAUUUGAUGUCUGCAGACGAAAGUGAACAUUUUUUGGCACGUGAUGAAGAGCAGAAUGGAAUGCAAAUGAAUUUAUCGGAUGAAGCACGCAAAAAAGAUAAAGGCAAUGGUAUGAUUAUGAUACUCGGUUUGAUGAUGUCCAAAAUGAUGGCUGUCAUGGGUCUGGGUGGCAUUGGUGCAUUGGCUAUGAAAGCAUUGGGUGUUGCAAUGACUGCACUAAUGAUGGCCGCAAUGGUUGGUGUAAAAUCGUUGGCAAAUCAGGGUCACGAAUCAUCGCACAGUGUUCAGUAUGUUACAGCGGAUGGUCAUCAUCACAGGAGGAGACGACGUAGUAGCAGCAGCAGCAGCAAUAAUAACAUUAAUUUAGCAACAGCAUCUCAGGCAUCAUUGUUUAAAGAGAAGGACAUUAAAGUGGAAUUACCAUCACUGGUCUAUAGAGAUUGGCAAAAGUGAUAAAGUCAUGGGAAUGUUAUUACGUCAAAGUGUUAUUAUUUAUAUGUUAUUAUACUUGUGUAUUAUUAAAUAUGUUUAAAUUUUAUUUAUUGUUAUGUCAAUUGAAGGUUUUUUAAGUAUUUAUUUAUUUA